AUGGUGGUGGUCUCAGCUCUACAAUUCGCUUGCACCGAUGAUGUCUCCACCAACGUGGACACAGCCGAAAGGUUGGUGAGAGCUUCUCAUGCGAAGGGUGCAAAUAUCAUUCUUAUUCAGAAUAGCAUAAUUUCAUGCUGCAAAGCCAUUGGAAAGGAGGAACCAUUGGAGUCCCAUGUAAAAAAUCCUGCAAAUUUGCAACUUCUGCUGGACUCUAGUUGUUGGAACACCUUUAAGCAUUGUGUGGAGCUAUUCUGUUUGAACAGCUCGGCAUCUAUUUCCUUUUUCUGGUUGGUGAGAGCUUCUCAUGCGAAGGGUGCAAAUAUCAUUCUUAUUCAGGUUUGUGCUCUAAGAAUCCUGGGAUAUGUUGCAUCAUAA